UACACAUGAACUUUUGGGUGCUUCGCGUCUAUUUUUAAAUGAAAUAUACAAGAAUAAUAGUGAUAUCUGUCUUAAGUACACUAUCAUGUAUCUCGGACGGCAUGCAUUAUGCUUGGACAGCUCCAGUUAUUCCCAAACUUAUAUCAAAGGAUAGUCUAUUACCGACAACAGAGGGCCAAGCAGAAUGGCUCGAAACAAUUCUAAUGUUGGGAGGAUGCUGUGGAAUACCGCUCAAUUUAUUUCUAGUUGAUUAUAUUGGUCGAAAGGGUACCCUAGUGAUAUCUUCGAUGACAAGCCUGAUUUCUUGGUUUAUCAUAGCCAUAGCACCCAGCAUACAGUAUAUUUAUGUAGCUAGAUUUUUUGCUGGUAUUGCUGGAGAUACUGGAUUCGUUGCUGCGCCGAUGUAUAUAGCUGAAAUAGCUGAUCAUAAGAUCCGAGGAUUUUUAUCUAGCAUAAUAUAUCUGAUGAUGCUCUUGGGAAUUGUGAUUGUUUAUGGUGUAGCACCUUUUGUACCCAUAUGGGUGCCCUGUUUAAUAGGUAAGCUAAACGAAGCCAAAAGGGCCCUGGAACAACUGAGACCAUAUGAAGAUACUGAUAGGGAACUUCUCGAAAUAUCAGCUGCCAUCGUAAGACAAAAAAACGAAAGAGGAAAACCCCAAGACAUCGUUUUAGUGAAAAGCAAUCGAAAGGCUCUUCUAAUAAUGAUUUGGCUGAAUGGCUCCCAACACAUGAGUAGCAUAUCUGUAAUGCUAAUGAAUUUGCAUUCAAUUUUGGAUGACGCUGGAUCUAACUACAUAUCAUCGUCAACUGCUGCAAUUUUGUUUUCAGUUCUAAUGCUUGUUGCAGCUUUAUCAGCCUCGUUUGUUAUAGAUAAUUUUGGCAGAAAAGCCCUUCUGAUGACGUCAGGAACUCUGGCAGGAAUAUGCUUGCUAAUAGUCGCUACGUAUUUUAAUCUGAAAAACCAUGGCUAUGAAGUUGUUUCAGUGAGCUGGUUAGUACCAAUGGCUGUUUUAUUUUAUGCCGCUGCAUUCAAGUUUGGUCUUGGCUUGGUACCAAUAGUGCUUACUGCGGAAUUAUUUCCAGCCAAGAUGAAAGCCAUAGGAAUGACGUUUUCGGACGCCUUUUAUGUAGGAUUUUCAGUUAUAUCUUUGCAAUUGUAUCAUAAGCUGAAAAGUAGUUAUGGUAUUCAUGUGCCAUUUUAUAUUUUUUCGUGUUGGUGUUUCGCUACAGUGGCAUUUACGAAACUAUUUAUACCGGAAACCAAAGGCAGAACACUGGAACAAAUUCAGUUUAUUUUAAAAGAUGAAGAGUCAGCGAAACUUCUUUCUAUAGGACAUAAUAAUAGUAGUUAUAGUGACAGAAUUCGUGCUUGA